AUGACGAAUGUUUAUUCUUACCAGAUCUGUAGACAAUCGACGGACCUGGAAAGUGAAAUACAGAGCUUACGAGAGCAGUUGCGAGCCAGCCAGAGUAAUGCAUCAACCUCACCCCAGCAUAAUGAAACCAACUGGCCCGUUCCAGCGCCCGUCGGGACGCCUGGUACCGUUUUUAAUAACCUGAGACAGACCGAUGCUGGUCUCAAUUUCUCCCCAAUGAGGCACGAUUCUCCACCAGUAUCUAUACAUCUCCCACCUGCCACCUUGGGCAGCUCUGUAACUAACGAUGCGGACUUGCAAUGUCUCACGACUCGUCCUGGUAUCGACCCACCAACUCAGCAUCGCGCCUCCUUUUUCCCAUUGGCACGACCACGAGCACUUGGUAAUAUAAUUCUUCAAAUAGAGGAGAUUGACGAGUUGUUCAAUAUGUAUAUAAAGUACAACCAUCCCUACCUUCCUCUCAUCGACGAGAAGAAAAGCCCACACGAAUACUAUGAAAGAUCGGACCUGUUGUUCUGGGUAAUCAUGGCCGUGGCAGCAAGACGGCAGAAAUCGCAGCCCACCCUCCUACCCAGACUGGCUAGAAAUGUAACGGAUUUGUUGUGGAAAACGUUGCGGUCCAUGUCAUACUCCAUCUCGACCAUCCGUGCCCUCUGUCUCUUGUGUACUUGGCCGUUUCCCACAAGUAGCAGCACGUCAGACCCUACGUUUAUGCUUGUGGGUACCAUGCUACAAAUGAGUACGCAGAUGGGUCUCCAUUGUGCCUUUGAAAGGUUCAAGCUUCACGUCUCCUUAUCAUUAGCGAGACCAACGCCGACGGGUGCUGAAGGCGCCUUGACCGGUGAACGACCAACUAUGUAUCGUCUACUGAAUUCGGAUUUGGAUGAGCUUGGGAAGCUAUUUUCUGGGUCCUGUGACAUCGAGGCUUGGUAUCUCAUGGCUGCAAGACUCCAUCUUCAGGCAUUUUACCUUUUCGACCAUCCUGAAAUAGAGGGCUACAAAAACCGGAUUGUGGCACUCUUCUCCACAGCCUACAAUCUCGUCGACCUCAGCCAACGGCUUAAUGAAAGACCCCAAGGGUUUUAUGACUAUUGCCCUUUCUUCUGUUACCAGACAUAUGUCAACGCUGCAUUCGUGCUGCUUAAAAUUCUUACAAAUGGGUUCUUUAACACUAUCAUAGAUGCCAAAGCUGGUAAACAACUUCUUGAGUCUUCUAUUACUGGGCUUCGACAGAUGAGUGUUGUAAACAACGACCUACCGGCUCGUCUAGGUGAUAUAAUCGGCUUCUUUUGCGCCCUUCCUGAUCCCGCAGUCGUCGGUGGUGUUACAUUCAGAGAUCUACAGUUAAAACAAGUCAGAAAUAGACUGAGUAUGAGCGUGGUUUACGAUUGCUUGUGGACAUGGAGAAGGCACUUCCAAAAUCAUCAGUUGGACACUAAUGGAAGUAAUGAUAUACAAGAUAAGUUCUAUUUUAACCUUAUCCUCCAACUAUGGAGUACAUAG